UAGGCUCCGGGACGUCGGAACGGCUGCUCGGUGUCACCGGAGCUGCCCCCCCCCCCGGGGAUGCCAGGACCUCCGAAAUGUGGAUAUUGUGAAUCCCCGUAGCUCUGCCCAUCCCGUGGACCUCGGGGAAGCACCACCAGCAGUUGUCACACACACCUGGGGACGGCAGUAGCCUUGAGAACAUCGGAACAGGCUCCGGAUGUCACCCAAGCUGCCUCCAGAAACCCCAGUGUCUCCAGAAUAUGGACAUCAGGAAUCUCUUUAUCUCUGCCCAUCGCCACGGGGGCAGCAGGGAACCACACCUGCACUGGUCACACGCACAGGGACACACAAAGCCAUUGGGGACACCAGAAGGGGAUCCACGUGUCGCCAAAUCUGCCUCCAGAAACUCUGCCUGUCGCCGCGGGGACAUCAGGGAGCUGCCACCAGCACGCUGCUCACAUACCCAUGCAGACAUAUGGACCUGGAGACACCCCACAUCCAGCUCUGGACACCUCAAUUCAGAGCUCUGCCCCGGUGGGAGCCACGUGGGGGUAAGGGGAGACAACAGCGGGGACUGCUGUGCGGCGGCAGCGCGGAAAGAGUUAACACCAUCGAGUCUCGGUCCGCCGAGCGGCGCGGAGCGGCCCUUGGUGGGACACGAGUGCUUCCGGGAGUGCGGGUCGAGGGCGGCGGAGGCUGCGUGACCGUCGAGGCCAUGGAGCAGCCGGAUGAGCCACUCAGAGUGUGGGAUGGGGAUGGGGACACAGAGCCCGGUGACCACCAAGGCACCGUGGAGACCCCUGAGGUGGACACCCCUGACAGCCUGAUGACAUCUCCACUGCCACCACCAUCCCCGGAGCUGGACUGGCCCUGGGGGCUGCCCCCCACAUCCCCUCCAAGCGCUCGGAAGCCCUACAAGUGCACGGAGUGCGGCAAGGCUUUUGGGCAGAGCUCGCACCUGAUGCGGCACCUGGGCACCCACACGGGCGAGAAGCCCUACAAGUGCGGUGCCUGCACCAAGAGCUUCACCCAGAACUCCAACCUGCUCCAGCACCAGCGCACCCACACUGGUGAGAAACCCUACGAGUGCAGCGCCUGCGGCAAACGCUUCGGCUGGAGCUCCAACCUCAGCCAGCACCGCCGCCUCCACAGCGGCCAGAAGCCCUUCCAGUGCACCCAGUGCGACAAACGCUUCAGCGAGAGCUCCCGCCUGGUGGAGCACCAGCGCACCCACACUGGUGAGAAGCCCUACCUCUGCCCCGACUGCCCCAAAACCUUCAGCCGCAGUUCCCACCUUGUCCGUCACCGCCGCCUCCACGCUGCUGAGCAGGGACCCAGCCCGGCCCUGGCCGUGCGGCAGGGGCUCUGAGGGGCUCGCCAGGCUGAUGGGAGGAGGCAACGAUUUUUCUGUGGCACGUGGUUUGCCCUCUUGGUGCCCAUCAUCAACAGAGAGAUUGGUGGAAGAUCCAUGAUGUGACCUACGGUUGCUGCAGCCCUUCUCUGGUGGCCCCUGCGGGCAGGGUUUGGCCCUGUGGGCGUUUGUCAUCAACACAAAGAUUUCAGGAAGAUCUGUGAUGUGGCCACGGGGUCUUAGAGCUCCUCCGUGGUGGCUACAGGGAUGUGGUCAGGACCUGCUGGGCACUGCAUCAACACAAAGACUUAGGGAGGACCUGUGAUGUGGCCAGCGGCUCCUGUGGCUUUUCUGUGGUGGCCUUGUGGACAUGGUGUGAUUCCAUCAACACCUGUUGUUGUGGGGAACCCAUGUGGGCAAAAAGCCACAAGGCUGUGGACAGGACUGGCCACAAAGUCUCCCGUGAUGUGGUCAGUGGCUACGCAGCCCUUCUGUGGUGGCCAUGGGAUGUGGACAGGCCCUUUUGGUGGGCAUCCUCAACACAAAGACUUGAGAAGGGCCAAUGGAAACAUGAGUUGGCUCCGCUGGUGCCCCCAUUGGCUCUUGCAGAAGCCACGUGGGCCACUGGAGGUGGCACUGAGGCUAAGCAUGGACACAGAGCCUUGGGGAGGACCUGUGAUGUGGCCCAUGGCUACUGCAGCCCUCUUGUGGUGGCCGUGUGCCCGUGAUCCAGCUCCACUGACACCCAUCAUCUGCUGGGUGAGAGCCUCACGGGCAAGCAGUGGGGUAGGAGGGGAUUUUUAAGGAAAAAAGUUGCAUUAAUGGCACUAAAUGAGUCCUUAAAACCUG